CAGUAACGAAGCUUCUGCAAAAGAGAUCACUUCACGUUAGACAAGAUCAUGUCGGAGACUAAAGCUCUGUGGGCGCCAGUGAAGUGGGCGCAGCGCAAGGAUGCGCUAUACGUGACCGUGGACCUUCCGGAUGUCAAGGACGAGAAGGUCACGCUUAGCAGCAAGAACCUCACCUUCAAGGGCGAAAGUAACGGGCAGUUGUACGAGGUGACGCUGGACUUCUUCAAGGAGGUGGACGUGGAGUCCAAGGACAGUAUCUGGGCCAAGACGGACCGUAACUUACACUUCCACAUUGUCAAGAAGAACCAGGACGAGGAGUUCUGGCCGCGUCUGCUAGCUGAUAAGCACCUGGAGAAGACUAACGUCAAGGUGGACUGGAGCAAGUUCGUGGACGAGGAUGAGGACGAAGAGCAGGGCGGCUUCGACAUGAGCGCACUGAAUGGCGGCGGUGGCUUUGACAUCAACCAGAUGAUGGCGGCGCAGAACGCGGCUGGUAUGAUGGACGACGGCAGCGACAGCGAUGACGAAGACAUGCCCGACCUCGACCCCAACGACAAGUAGAGAGGAAGGAGAUACUUCGAAGUAGUUCAAGGGGAGGAUUUGAAAUUUCCCCCUUCUUGCGUAAGUGGUAAAGAUGCCGUCCUCUUGCUACUAA